CCAUUUAUGGCGCAAGGCCACAUGAUCCCAAUGAUUGAUAUUGCAAGACUCUUGGCCGAACGCGGCGUAAUCAUAACCAUUAUCACAACACCUGUUAAUGCAGCAAGAUUCGAACCCGUUAUAGCCCGUUCUGUCCAAUCUGGACUCCGUAUCCGCCUGGUUCAGCUUCAGUUUCCAGGUGUAGAUUCAGGACUAAUCCCAGCAGGGCAAGAGAAUAUUGAUCUUCUGCAACCAGUUGGAUUACUCCUUAAUUUCUUCAAAGCAACCAACUUGUUUCAAGAACCGGUCGAGAGAUUAUUUGAGGAGCUAUCACCACCACCGUCCUGCAUCGUCUCCGAUUUCUGCUUGCCGUAUACAAACAAAAUCGCCGGUAAGUUUCAGAUACCUAGAAUUUCCUUUCAUGGAACAAGCUGCUUCUACCUUUUGUGCAUGCAUAAUAUCAUGGCAGAUGGAUUUCUUUCUAAGAUUGUCGAGACUGUAACCUCCGACUCCGAGUAUUUCACUGUGCCAAACAUGCCGGAUGAAAUUAAAUUUACAAGAGCACAGAUACCAAUACCCACUGAUGAAAUCUGGAAAGAGAGUAGAGAGGAGAUAUUAGAAGCAGAUAAAGAAUCAUACGGGGUGAUUAUGAACACUUUUGAAAAAAUUGAAGCAGAGUACGUCAGAGAGUACAGAGAGUUAAAAAGAAAAAAGGUAUGGAGCAUUGGACCUCUUUCUCUCUGCAACAAGUCUGGUUUAGACAAGGCACAGAGAGGGAAGAAAGCUGCAGUUGAUGAACAUCAAUGUCUCAGCUGGCUUGAUUCUCAACAACCAAGCUCUGUAAUCUACGCUUGUCUUGGAAGCAUCAAUAACGCGCCACCGGCUCAACUGAUAGAACUAGGAAUAGCCUUGGAGGAAUCAAACAAACCAUUCAUCUGGGUGUUAAGAGAAUGGAAUAGCCUAAAUGGAGUCCGGCAAUGGAUUUCAGAUUAUGGAUUCCAGGAAAGGAUCAAGGGACGAGGGUUUCUGAUAAAGGGUUGGGCUCCACAAGUGUUGAUAUUAUCACAUCCCGCCAUUGGAGGAUUCUUAACUCACUGCGGAUGGAAUUCCACCAUUGAAGGAAUCAGUGCUGGUGUACCGCUGAUAACUUGGCCGCUGUUUGGAGACCAGUUUUGUAAUGAGAAACUGGUUGUGGAGAUACUGAAAAUUGGUGUCAGUGUGGGAGUAGAGAAGCCUUUCCGGUGGGAGGAAGAACAUGUUAGCGUGUUGGCGAAAAAGGAAGAUAUCAAGAAUGCUAUUGACAAGGUGAUGGAAGAAGAUGAAGAAGGAGAGAGGAGAAGACAGAGAGCUAAAGAGCUUGCAGAAAUGGCAAAGAAAGCUGUUGAAGAAGGAGGAUCUUCUCAUCGUAAUUUAACAAUGUUAAUUGAUGAUCUUAAGCAGCAAUCAUCAAACUAAAUUAUUUACUCUAAAAAAAUAUCCAGAAAAUUGUGACAAAUUAUGGGUGAUUGAUUACUCAAUCUGAUAUCACCUAAUUUUUAGUUAGUAAGAAGAAUUUAUAUAAAUAUUAUUAGAGUACGUGCUACCUUACCUUGGUAAUUUUAAAUUGUUAAAAUUUUGAAAUUUAUAGAUGUUUGGAUUA